GGUGCAUUCAUCCUUAGAGAGAAGGACGAAAUACAAACCGAACAGAAGAAUUGUUCUUCUGUAGUGCUUUGAAUUUGUUUCCUAGGGUAGCACUUACCGUUCGGCCGGGAUGUUAGUAACUAAUUUCUUCCAGUACUUUCUAUGCAGAAGACCUUUCAACUUUAUGAAAGUCCCAGAUUACGAAAAUAUGCCAGUGCAUGAUUGGACAAUUGAUGAUGAUUGGUCAAGAUAUGAUCACGCGAUUAUGUCACAACCGUGAAGAUACGUUAGAUUAAUGCUGUAUAAUAGAGCUACAGAACGAAAGGGCGUGUAAUCGACGAAACGAGUCUUCGGAAAACAGUAAUGCAUAGCACGAUGAAAGUACAGAAGGGAAUGCAAAUUACGCAGAAGAUUCGUUCUUCCCUACUGCCUUGGAUUUGUUUCCUUGUAGUGCUCUUCCCAUUCGGCCAGGGGUUGAAAACUUGUCGCAAGGAUUCAGAGUGCUUGACGCCGGGCACCUACUGCCUUGAUGGCUUUUGUGACGGACACUGCAUUCCUUGUGAAAAAUUCCUACGGCAACCGCCUCAUUCCGGCGGUUGUGCUAAACGUGAAGAAGACUGCGGCUCGUGUAUUCCCGGAACUGUUGCUGAAGAACUGGUAGGCAUGCGCCACGCCUUCCGGUGUAAAAAAUCUGAAAACUUUAUUCCAGCAACCACUCAGUCGAGCCUCACCGAGCCUUUCACCAUAAGCAAAUGGCUCACUGGGACGCUUAUCGUUGUUACCUUGGCAUUGUUCGUCAGGGGCAGCUUUUACAUCAAGCGCAAAGCUAUUUCAGAGAAUGCGGAAAGAGAUCCUCCUUACAAUCCUUAUUGGCGAGAGGAAGAUGAGAUAAACCAGCUUUUAAACUCAAACGUGCAGCCGAAUACAGAACUACCUUUAGAAUGGGUGCAGAAUGUUCAACCCCAGCCAAUGAACGUUCCCUUCGACACUAAUUCGGGGGAGAAUUUGGACCCUUCUGUUCUCACAUUGCCUUCAGGUGUACCAUCCAAUCCAGAAGGAAGUGCGAGCGAUGACGUAUUAGGUGGGAUGCUUGAAGUUGAAACAAUAGAAUUUUCCAACUAUAGAAACGAAACAAGAAGUCGAGAGGAUAACCAUGGUGAACUAUCAUGCGAAGAGGCUAGGAAUCAAACGGAACUAUAUAUUGAACCUUCAACCACCGAUGAUGUCCGUGUUGUCAUAAAAAUGGAACCGGAUGGAUUGGAUAUUGAAACGGGAGCAGAUACUCGGGAAAGAUGCUACGAACAAAUUGACGUUGGCUUUUCUGUAAAAGCUAAAAGAGUAGUCACAAAGACAGCGUGACGCGCUAAUAAUAUUUCGAGACAGCACUAAUAACUAAAUGGCAACCAAAAAAUAAGACUAUUCGGUAUAAUUAACAUAAUUAAAUAAAACACAUUUAUUCAGACAAAUUUUUAAGCCAAAUACCCAGGGCAAGAAAUGGGAUGUGAGUUAAUCACGCCUCAUAUAAAAUUUACAAACAAGAAGUACUGCUACUACAAUAACACCCGUCGAUUCACAUCACAAAACGACCGCGACACAAAUUACCUGCUUUGGUGAUUGCAUGAUCAGCUGGAGUGCGUAGUUAUUCCUGUUCGUAACUGCACUUAUCUUCUUCUAAAGCUUUCCCAAAGCAACGAUUAUGGGAUAUUUUGACAUGCGGUAUUUUGACAAUCGUGGGUAAAGUAGUUAGCCAGCUCUACUUCUUGUCUUCAUUUAACUUGUAAUAAUUAGUAACUGAACACCGGGGAUACGUGGUGCUAGCGUAUUUUAACGCUUUUUUUAGCAAAUCGAUCCACGCCAUUUUUUGCCCUUCUACUCUUUAAAAAUCUUUUUGCGAAUUAAGACCCUCCCUCCCCAUUUUCUUUGCCUGCCGACCCUCUCACUGUCUCCGCCCGUCAAAACGCCUGUUGUAGUGGCCUGUCGAAGUUUGAACAUGAUUUUUGAUUUUUUUAAUUUUAUGAAUUGGGCUUUGACUGGGCAAAAAAAAUGAUCAUGUCAAACUGCCUGUUUGCGUUCAUUUAGCCUACAUAAUAAACUUAACUUCAAACAAG